AUGUCUCUGCUUCUCAGCCACCUCUCGAAGCUCUCUUCCCGGAAAACACCUGCACUCGUCGUAAGAUUCUCUUCUCUUCUCUCCAAUGGCUUGAGACACCUCUCAGCUCGUUCUUGCUCCACUUCCAUUUUAGGAAACACCUUUCCAUUUGUUAUCGCCGGUGCUCAACAUUGUGGAUCUACUUUGAGGGACGGAGAUAUCGGAAAUCUCAAGAUAUGUAAAAAUAUUAAUCUCGAUUCGUUUACUCUUACAGAAAAGAAGGUACCUAUGAAGUUGGUGGAGGAAAUGGGAACGGUAGGAGCAUCCAAUGGAUGGGUUGCUACACUGAAGGAAGGAGUAGUGUGUCUCCAAGAUGAUCUAAACCCAAUUGCGUCUGAUAUUGAUCCAAAGCGCAUUUCGUUGCCUCCUCUUGUUACUCUGCCUCAUUGCCAAACGCAAGUGGUAACCAAUGUGGCCAUGUCAUCCUCUUCUCCCGAGGAUGAAGACUGUGUUGUAGCUAUCAAGUUCUUGGGACCUCAGCUAAGCUUAUGUAGGCCUGCUCGAAGCUCUGAGUGGACCAACAUAAGAAUCACAGACCCGGGUUUCUUCAGUUCACGUGUCAUGUAUUCCAAGAGAGAUGAGAUGUUCUCCAUGCCAGCUUCAAGAGGCGCAUACAUAGGGUCAUGGAAUAUUGGAGAAGCCCCAAUGAUUCAGCAGUUGCGGUAUCUAGAUUUUCUCGAGUUGGUGCAGUCAAAGUGGGAGUUGUUGGAUUCGUGUAGCAGGAGCGAACACUUGGUGGAAUCAAGACCCACCGGUGAAACUUUUCUUGUUAAAUGGUACACCAAGAGAAACCUCCGUUUUGAAGGGAGAGUGCUAAUAAACCGUUUCGUGGUAUUCAAAAUAGACGAGGAAGGAAACGCUGAGUUCACUAGUGACAUUGGAGAUCUCUGCAUCUUCCUCUCCGAGGCUGAACCUUUCUGUGUCCGGGCUAGCGAGUGUCAAAAACCCCCAAACUCCCUCUUUUUCUUGUGUCCCGAAUACCACGGAAAUGUCAAACUCGACUACUACGAUUGUUAUCCGCAUGCUGUUUAUCGCACUUAUCCUGUGCCUUACUAUAUUUAG